AUGCUUACUAAGAUUUCUGCUAUUUGCUACAUUUAUAAUAGUACUGAAUGUCAAAUAACUAAAUACACAGUUAAAGAUAUAACUGGUAUAGUAAGGUUGAUAAGGUUAAGUGAUGAUGAUUCAAAAAAAAUUAUGUAUUUAAAAAUAAAAACUUUUGUGCCAAUUGAUACUAAUAUCAGAACAAAGAUUGAAAAUUGUGAAAAAGAAGAU